AUGGAAGGAACAACCAACGUUUUCCAAACCACAUUUUGCCCACAACUCCCUUCCUCAUCAUCCGACAACGGCGUCAAGACCAAUAAUGUGAUUGCCGAACAAUUCAUCGUUGAGGACCUUCUUAACCUCAACGAUGACGCUGAUGAUGCUACCAUCAUUUCUGACACCAACCUUGAUUCUGCCACCGGCAACUCAACCGAUUCAUCCUCCACCGUUACGGUUGUCAAUAGCGUCAGCUCGUCAUCAUUGUCCGGGUGCGACCCCAAUCUCGUUCCUGAUAUUGGCUGCCAUUUCUCCGGAGACCUGUGUGUUCCGGAUGAUGAUUUAGCGGAAUUGGAAUGGCUUUCGAAUAUUGUGGAGGAAUCGUUUUCAAACGAGGAUCUUCAAAAGAUGCAACUGAUAUCAGGCAUGAAAGUGCAAAACAAGGACGAAGGGUCCCGUGAGUUUUCCCAGCUCAACCGAAACAAUCCAAUAUUUAAUAAAGAAGUUUCGGUUCCAGCUAAGGCUCGUAGCAAGAGGACUCGUGGACCCCCAUGUGACUGGAGUUCGCGUCUUCUUGUACUGUCUCAAACGACCCCGUCUUCUUCUGAGCCAGAGGAACAACUCCUUAUUCCCACUCCGACUUUACCCUCCGUCACUAUUCCAAAGAAGCAGCCAAAGACAGCUCCAAGAAGAAAGGACAAUAAUGACGGAGGGUCAGGCGGAGAUGGCCGUAGAUGCUUGCAUUGCAUGACGGACAAGACACCGCAAUGGAGAACCGGGCCUAAGGGCCCAAAGACAUUAUGCAAUGCAUGUGGUGUAAGAUAUAAGUCAGGCCGGUUAGUGCCUGAAUACCGGCCUGCAGCAAGCCCAACAUUCGUGUUGACAAAACACUCCAACUCGCACCGUAAAGUGUUAGAGCUACGGAGGCAGAAGGAAAUGUUGCAGGCUCAUCAACAUCAACAGAACCAGUUCUUACAACAUCAGAAUAUGAUGUUUGAUAUGUCAAAUGGUGAAGAUUACUUGAUUCAUCAACAUGUGGGACCUGAUUUUAGACAAAUGAUGCAGUAG